UGGACGCGCGAUUGGUUAAAACAGGAAAGCGUUCACUCAUCACAUCAGAGUCUGUGGGAUGUGUCCGUAGCAGUAGCUACAUCGACACAAACCUCUCUCUCUCUCUCACUCACUCUCUCUCUCUCUCUCUCUCUCCGUCGCAUGGAAACACCCAUCAACAGCCGCUCUCUCACAUCUCUCUCUGCAGGGCACCCUAUCCACAGGUAAAAAUGGAGUUUUCUCUCUCCGCCCGGACACUCUCGGAUCUCACACACAUGACAAAUGGCCACACGCACCCCUCGUCCGUGAAGCAGCAGCACCCAGCCAGAACAUUGCUCUUUGUCGACGACAUCUCCGUCGGCCACGCCUUGUCAGUCAUAUCUGCAGCUGGUUCUCCACCAUGUCUGCCAGUCGGUCCCUGAAGUCCUCGUGCACAUACUCCACCUGCGCCGCUGAGAAGUAGUUGACCGGGAAUACGGAAGAAUCAAUCAUGCCCUGCACGCCGCACCGCAGCCACAGAGAAGAAGGACGUGAGAGGUGGGUGUGUUGGGUGUUGGGUGUUGGGUGUUGGGAGUUGUGUGGCGAGUGAGCCGCCUCACCUCAGUGUUGUCCAUGCUCAUUUUCCGGUCCAGCAUGAACUUGAAGAUGUACUUGACCAGGGUCUCGGGGUCAACCUCACGAUUGGCCUGGCCACACACACACACACACACACGGAUUGCGCCAUUUCCCUUCCACCAACAUAGACGCACGCAGGCAGGCGAACCUUUGUCACGACGUCAUUGUACAAGAAGAAGCCGACAGUGACGGUGUGCUUGGUGGUCUUGCCCCCGCCAUAGUCGAUGACCACGUCGCUCAUCCAGCCGCCGUUCCACUCGUCAACGUACUCCACCUUUAUCACAGGACCGCUCAGCAGCAGGCUCGCUUCCUCUUGCCUGACCGCCGCAGCUGCUGCUUCCUCUCCCCCCUGAUGCUGCUGCUCAUCCUUCUUCUCAGCAGCCGUCGUCUCGACAUCAGACGGAGGCGUGGCCAUCUUCCUCCGCUGCCGCCUCGACACGUACUUGGUGGGCUGGGGUGGAGGCGCCUCAGCUGUGGUCUGAUGCAGCCUCGAGAGGGGAGACCUUGAUCUGAGAGAUGUGCUGACAGCACGGAGGGAGGGUCGGGUGGAUGGGGACGGGAGCAGGAAGCAUGACGCUAGUGAAGCGAGGAGGGAGACUGAGAGGGCGUGGAGCAACAUGGCGGCACUCAGCCUGAACAGAUCACGAGCACACAGCAGCAUCAGCCAGACGAGAAGGCGAUGGAUGAGAGAAACCGAUCUGGUACAAUGAGAUCUUACCACAAGUUGGUCCACAACGCAGGCAGCCCACGACAGCAAGAGUGGCAGCGGGAAGAAUUUUGCCAAUCACAAGCUUCAAAACUCCUUCAAGCAGCGGUUUCAUGGAGCACCCUAGGCAUGCGAGCUUUGCCGUUUGUUUCUGAACAGCGCUUAGCAGACAGUGAGGUAUUCCUUCGACAACGCAAGACCGCCAGUCCAUUCUGAGUGCAAGACCCCUCAGACACUCAUUGUGUGUAUCUGCACUGGCCCACGUGUGCCGAAAGGGCACUCACUGAACUGAGCCAGACAGACAUCGAAUUCAUGUUCACGGCAUGACAUCCAUCUGAAGCAUCUGUCCUCUCUACCUCGUCACACACGCAUCGCCCUCACCAACCCACCCAUACAUCUGUCCAUCCACCCAACCUCAAUGCGCCUGUGCAGUCUAAGGCCCCCCCUCUCCCUCUCCCUCUCCCCUCUCCCCCCUGCUAGCACGCGCGUUGGUAUCAUCCACACUCCCACCUGCUGCCGCUGCUGAUGCCGAUGCAGGAGGGAGUGACAUGCUCGCGUCGCUGGGCAUGUGGGUGUAUUCGAGGGAGGGCGAUGGCGUGCUGGGCGAGGAGCUCACCACGUGAGACGCAGGGCUGUCGGACAUCAACAUGGCUGACACACACACACACACACACACACACACAGAGAGAGAGAGAGAGAGAGAGAGAGGGAUACAUCAGAGCGUCCCAUUUUCUGUGCUCAACACACACAUGAUGCUCAUCUCACUCACCCUGUGGCUGCUGCUGCUGCUGGUGUUGGCUGGCAUUGGUGCUGGUGCUGUUGGUGUGGGUAUUGGGCUGGGACGUGCCCCUGUUGUGUCUCUCCUGCUCGAGCCGCUCAACGCGCCUCUGCAGCUCCUGCUUCUCGCGAUCGAACACCGCCCUCUCGAUACGCAACGCCUCACGAGCAUGACGAUACGCAUCCUGACACACAAACACACAGAGACGGAGGGAGGGAGGUAGGAUGGGCUAUGGGAGGCCCCCCGGGGUAUGUGUAUCUGACCUCCCUGCGUCGCAUUUCGUUGGUUCUCUGGACCAUCUGCAUCUCGCGGCCCUGCAACCUGCAUGCAGCAUGCAACGAGACGCACAACCAUGACGUGACAGUGGCGGGGAGGGAGAGGUGUGUGUGCAUGUGUUGGAUACGUCUUGGCUCCGAUGCUCUCCCUCUCCUUGAGACGUAUCUCCAACUCCGACAAACUGAUAAACACACACACACACACACGGAAAUGAAGUUGUGUUGUCGUUUGUCCUUAAUUGUGCCGUCGUCCCGUCUCCCCGCCGCCUACCUGUCUUUCUCCUCCAUCAUGCGGGCCAUCUGCACGUCCAGCGAUAUCUGCAGCUCCUUCAACUGCACACACGCACAGUCGAUUGAGCACACACGACUGGUCUGGGUGGAUCCAUCCAUCCAUCCGCGACACAUGGGUUUGGGUGUUACCUCUUCGGCCGUGAGUGUGCCGUCCUCGGCCGUGGUCUGCGUUGAUGCACCAUACAUGACAUGUCAGUGGGCAGGUGUGAUGUGAUGCGAUUCUCUCUUGGGCCUUUCCUUUGUAUCAGUACCUACCUGUUGUGCCUUAUCAACGAAUGGCACUACCGCCGCAGCAGACACAGCACGGGUCCCCUACACACACACGAGCACACAGACACCCAGAAAGCAUCCUGCCUGUGCAGGUCUGCCCUCGACAUCACUCACCGUUUUGCUGGCUGAAGAGCAUGACCCCCGCGGCUCUUUGCCGCCGUUGGCAUGGCCUCCGCCAGACUUGUCGACACGCGACACGACGCACGCCUCCUCCCAUCCCGAUCCCUCUACCCCAUCCACACACGACUGCGGCUGCUGCUGCUGCUGCUGCUGCUGCUGUGAGGAGAAUGUGCACAACGAAGAAUGAGACUAUCAGGCGUUCAUUCUUUCUCUCUUCAUUUCCGCCUGUCUGUCUGUCUGUACCAGAUGCUGUUUGAUGACGGUCUUGAGUAUCUUCGCGUUUUCUAUGGCGUUGUUGCCCUUGAGUUGGGCGGCCAGGGGAUGCGAUGAACGCGCCACCAUCGACACACACUCCUCAACCACCUGCACCCACCACGCAUGCUUGGGCACUCGGCAUGGCAUUGCCAUCGGCGUCUUGUCAGCCUCGUACAGGACUCUGUCUGUGGCUUAAUUGGCCGACCUGCAGUGCAUACUGGGCUUCAGAGCCGUCCUGCCGCCUUGGCGGCAUCUCUGACGACCUUCCCCAAUCCUCCUCUGUGCCUGCAUCGACAUCAGAAAGCCAAAUGAAUGCGGGAAUGCAUGAGGUGAGAUCCGAUGGUUCCAAUUGUGAUAUUCUCACUCAUGGCUGCGGGUUCCGCUGCAUGGAUGCUACACCUCACCGCCGUCAGCCUCUUCG